UGCCACACGGUGAAGCAAAGCCUAAACAAACUUUCCUAAAAUCUUCGCGCACCCCCUCCCUUCAGCUAAGACACAAACUUUCGGCAUCCCCACCAAACUAAUUAAAUACUGGCCAUGUUUCCUUUUGGCGUUGGUUCCCUUUUGCGUAUUAAAGCAGACACUGUUGCACUCUAGGAACUGCAUUUGUCAUUAUACUCUUUUUUCCGUACAGAAAAACACAUGUAAACAGCAUCUCCGUUGUUGUUUACCCCGCUGCACCGUGGGCGCACAGCGUGGCACCGUCGUGACACCGGACUGCAAUGAUCGUGUCUAACGUGAGUCUGAGCGGCUGCGCGGGGGUCAACAGCGCUCUGUGCGCCGAAGCCGGGGAAGGACAUCAGGCGGGCGUCGCGUACCCGACCACCCUCACCCCGACGGGGAACCUGAUCGUGGCUGUGUGUCUGGGUUUCAUCGGCACUUUCGGACUUACGAACAACCUGCUGGUGCUCGUGCUUUUCUGCCGCUUCAAGAUGCUGCGGUCGCCCAUCAACUUGCUACUGAUUAACAUUUCCAUCAGCGACCUACUGGUGUGCGUACUGGGGACUCCGUUCAGCUUCGCGGCCAGUACGCAGGGAAGGUGGCUGAUAGGGGACGGCGGGUGCGUUUGGUACGGCUUCGCCAACUCCCUCUUUGGCAUUGUGUCCCUCAUCUCCCUCGCUGUCCUCUCCUAUGAGCGCUACAGCACCAUGAUGGCCCCCACUGAGGCCGAUUCCUCCAACUACCGUAAAAUCUCCCUGGGCAUCGCCUUGUCCUGGGCCUACUCCCUCUUCUGGACCUUGCCGCCGCUGUUUGGCUGGAGCCACUACGGCCCAGAGGGGCCUGGGACCACCUGCUCCGUGAACUGGACGUCCAAGACGGCGAACAACAUCUCUUACAUCAUCUGCCUGUUCGUUUUCUGCCUCAUUGUUCCGUUCUUUGCCAUCGUGUUCUGCUACGGGAAGCUCCUGUGCGCCAUCAGGCAGGUCAGUGGGAUUAACACGUCGGUGAGCAGGAAGCGCGAGCAGCGCGUCCUGUACAUGGUGGUGAUCAUGGUCAUCUGCUACCUGCUGUGCUGGCUGCCAUACGGGAUCAUGGCCCUGCUGGCCACCUUUGGGCCGCCGGGCCUGGUCACGCCCGAAGCCAGCAUCAUCCCGUCGGUGCUGGCCAAGACCAGCACGGUCAUCAACCCGGUCAUUUACGUCUUCAUGAAUAAGCAGUUUUACAGAUGUUUUCAAGCCCUGCUGCGCUGUGAGGCUCCUCGACCGGGUUCUAGCUUGAAGAGCUCGUCCAAGGCCCUGAGAGGCGCCGCCGCCGUGGGGCCGCGCCGCACCAAUGACUUCCUCUUCAUGGUGGCCUCCCUGGGUCAGCCGGCCGUCACCUUGCCCCAGCUGGGCGCCUCAUUUGAACCCACCAUCGAUUUCACCAAAGCCCCUUCUUCAGAUAACAAACCUGUCAUAGUCUCACUGGUGGCUCAGGUUGAUGGCUGAUAAUUGGCUACAGCCGUCAAAGUCCCUGGGCGGGACGUCGGUAACGAUGACAGAGGCCUCAACGGCGGGUGGGUUAACGUGGCAUCAACCGGGCCUCGGACAGCAGCGCUGACAGGCUUAGUUUUAAAUGGAAAUAAACCACUGCCUCUGGACAUUACGAGCAGAAAUCAGAGGCAGAAACCGGGGAUCUGCUUCAUUGCGGGGAAGGAGCGAACAGAUGGUGACACUGACCAGUGUUCUUGUCACAGACUGUUGGGAAACAGAGAUUCGCAGGCGUCAUUUAACUUCACUGUGAUCCGCCUGUGUUCAGAACACUGAGACUAUAGUAUGUGUCUGAACUGGAGAAGACAGAUGAGCAAAGAAAUAACAAUGAUUUUGUUACAAAAUUAAACUGUCGUCCAUUUUAGCCUUUAUUUCCUUCAUUGCCUUUAUUUCUCAGUCAUUCUCACACUUUAAAUUGCAAGUUAUUAAUGGGACAUACAGGUAUUGUUUGUUUUAUGUUUCUCUGAACGGUGACUUUCUGGUCAAAGAGAUCUGUGCAUGAGAGUUAUUGUAUAGUUCCUUUAUUAAUUAUUGUGCAUGUGCACUAUUGGAGUUUGAUUUGUAAGCUUGUGUACUCACACAUGGCUCCUACUCCUCGCACUGCUCCAAUACUAGUUUACUUCAUCAUGAAUUUGAUUUUUUAUAUUCAGUGUACAUGUACCUUAUAAGUAUCUGGCUUUGAAGUUAAACCCAAACUAUUUGAGUUCACAGGUCUACAUGUAUCAGUAUUCAAACCUUUGGUUUCUGGCCUCACCUCUCUACUGAAACCAAACACCUCCUUCAAAGUUCCUGAGAACACAACAAAGGACUUACAGUCACUCAAAGCAGCACAAAACGUCAAAUGGGGUUUAUUCCCGCUCGGCUGCAACCUGGUCCUUUUUUGAAUCCACUACUGCACAAGGCCAGCAAUUGGUGGGAGAUAGCAGAAAAGAGACCACCCAGGCAGCGGAUCCACAUACCCCCCACACUCCAACCGCACCACACGCAUACACACUCACACAGACAUCAAUACACACUACCUGGAACUAGAGUGCACUGAAAAAGGGGCACACCUCCAGGAGCACAACUGCUGGCUGACGGUGUGACCCCGGGACCCCCAGCCUAAAUGUCUAUUGUGCAGUUAAAACUGGGUGGUGAUCUCUCCACCAGGGCCAGUGGACAAGGUCACAACUGGCCUCACCCCCAGGCCCCAAACCUACACACAUACUCUGCGGUUGUGCAUUGAGGGCCAAUAUCCGCCUACAGCCCAAUGAAGACCACAGCAGUUUUGUACUGUUUCCUUCUUGUAACACAAAGACAACUGUGAUGUUACUGGAAGUGGAGACGUUGAACGCCUUGGUCCCUUUGGCUCCUGUGUGUGUGCGCUUUUAGCACACGCUUCAAUACAUCUGUACAGUAUGGACACAAGUUGAUACCAAAAGCAAAGACAUUUUCAAUAUUUUUGAUGGGUGCUGUUAAAUAAAUUUUUUUAAAUCUAA